AUGGCCUCCAUUGUCUCCGAUGACACUUCCACCACCAAUGGCGAUGGCGAUCGCCAACCCACUGUUUUUCCUGCUACGGAGAGUGUCGCCAAUGGGUCACUCGCUCAAUUGAGCUACCGUAAUCUUAAUAAGCAAACUGGCAUUCCACCGCUAAAAGAUUUGGAAGCAGCUUUUGCGAGUGAACAGGCGACAUUUGAGUAUCUUUUCAUUCGCGAACUGGUAGGGGCUAUUGUCACACAUGACAGUGGUCAAAUCGGUGGCGAAGGCAUUGUGGUUGAAAUAGACGAAUCUAAGUUCGGGAAACGCAAGUACAACCGUGGUCAUAGAGUGGAGGGUUCUUGGGUGUUCGGUGGAGUGGAGAACACGGAGGCCAGAAAGUACUUUGCUGUAGUGGUGGACAAAAGGGACACUGGCACUCUAAUUCCUUUAAUUAUAAAGUUUAUUGCCCCUGGUUCUAUCAUUCGAAGUGACUGUUGGGGGGCUUAUAAUGGUAUUGAAGAUGUCGAAAUUGAUGCUGGUUAUGGCUACACAAUGCCUAUUUAUGAGCAUCAGCGAGUCAAUCAUGAGGCUGGCUUCAAGAACCCAGUAACUGGUGUGCACACGAACACUAUAGAAGGCACCUGGUUCGCCAUGAAGCGACUGGUUCAUGAAAGGAAGCGCAACAAGAAGCAACUUCAAGGUUGCUUAUUUGAAUUCAUUUGGCGACGUGACAAUGAUAGUGACCUCUGGCGGCAACUGAUGAUCGCUCUCGCCGGUGUCUACUAUGGUUGAUUAUAGUGAGCAUUUUCCGGGGAAAAAUGAGAUACUCUGGGUCAAGUCACCCUUUUUUGCCGGGUUCUGUUAGGCUAAUCAGCGAGUACUCUGUGAUCUACAGUGUUUUUUUUUACACCUUUCUGUUUGGCGAUGGCACGUGCCGGCACGAGCCCUACUGUUUGUGACACGGUGGACGAUUCUUAUUUGGAUACCCUAAUAAAUACUAGCAAUUUGUUACCCC